GUUUAAAGAACUUCCCAACUGUGAGACUCACUGUGUUGUUAUUCUGACAUGGAGGCUCUGUUAGUCCUGGCGUUAAUGAUGGUCUGUGCUGUCCACUCACAGCCGGCGGGUUUUGACAGAUACGGCUGGAUAAUAGGAUGCGAUGAGACAAGCACUCGUGUAUCUUUCUCAUACAAUGGAGAAAUAGCUGAAUACUUUGAUUAUGAAGAGAAACAAACUGUUAUGACUUUGCCCGAUUUUGCUGAUCCUAUCGUGAUCGCAGACCUGUCUAAAGAUGCUUACAGUGCACAAGAGUUUUGCAAGGACACAUUGGCAGUGAUAAAUGAUGCCUACAUGAACCCACCUGAAGAGCUCGAACCUCCCUGGACCUCCAUCUACACAAAAAGCGACGUGAAGCUGAAGACAAAGAACACACUCCUCUGUCACGUGACUGACUUUUUCCCGCCGCCGGUCAGAGUGUCCUGGACCAAGAAUGACCUGAACGUGACGGAGGGCGCGACCCUGAGCCCGUACUACCAGAACAGUGACGGGACGUUAAGCGUGUUCUCCACGCUGAGCUUCACUCCAGAGGAAGGAGAUGUUUACAGCUGUACGGUGGAGCAUCGCGCGCUGGAGCAGCCGCAGACCAGAAUAUGGGAUGUUCAGGUGGAGCAGUCGAGUGUGUUUCCCUCUGUGGUGUGUGUGGUGGGGGUGUGUCUCGGUGUGAUCGGAGCAGCUGCUGGAAUUUUCCUCAUCUUCAGAGCGAAUGCCCUCUGCAGCUGUGGACUGACUUAAACACCUGACACAAACACCCUAAACCCCUCAAACACCCUAAACACCUCACAUAAACACCCUAAACACAUCACAUAAACACCCUAAACCCCCAAACACCCUAAACACCUCACAUAAACACCCUAAACACAUCACAUAAACACCCUAAACACCUCAUAAAAUUAUAAAAAAACACCUCACACACACCUUAAACACCUCAAACACCCUACACACCUUAAACACCUCACACAAACACCUUAAACACCUCACAAACACCCUAAACAUCUCAGAGAAAUACCAUAAACACCUCACACACCCUAAACGCCUCAGACCAAUAUCAUAAACGCCUCACACAAACAUCAUAAACACCUCACACAGACAUCAUAAGCACCUCGAACACCCUAAA